AUGGCGGCAUAUGCAUACGGUACCGAGUCGUUACCUGGACGGGUUCCCGGCCAACCCAUAGGCUUCUUGGACGGCUGCGAAUCGCAGUCAACUCAAGAGACUGGCUCUACAUCACUCGGACUUUGCAAAUACGAAAAAAUACGGAGCACAGACGAAGAAGAUCGGAAUCAAAGUCUUGCUCUUAUUCAAAGAAUCUCCGAAAGGCACCUCAUUAAGCAGCAAGAACGAAAUCAACCCCGAUCUAGAGAGUUGCAGCAAUAUCUCGAUGUCCUAAAAGAUGCCAUCCCAAGACUGCCUGGCAACAAUUUAACCCCCGGUCCUGAACUGCCGACGAUUACCUUCAGUCGGCCUCGACUAGCGUAUCCGAUCAUCAUCAAACAGCGAUUAUCCAGAACAUUGUCACCAAAAUUUACACCAACUUACCCCCCGGGCUUACAAAAUUGCGGCAUCGAGAAGAGGGAGUUCUUGAGAUGUAUAGAUAACCUGAACCGAGUAGACGAGCAAUUAAGACCACCAGGAGACCAUGCCAUGGAUAUCAAAGGCUUCGCUAACAUGACGGCUUUCACCAUACCGCGUCCCACGCUGCUUCCAAUGGCGAUAGGCGUGGCGUCAAGCUAUAGAAAGCAUACAACAAGACGCAGCGCAAUGACUGAAAUUCUGCAAAAGGCAAACAAAGAGCUGUUCCGUCCAAGAGGCCUAGUUUGCGUUCUUGUCACGUGCAGACGGACAGAGCCGAAGGAGCCUGAGAAGACACAGGAGACAGGAGGUACAGCAGUAUCAACAGACAUCCUUGAUCGAACCCGGGAGAAAAGGUUGAAAUUGAGGUCAAGGGUAGUGGGGAGAUUGAGGGAUUUCAGAUGGUCCGAACUUUCGCAAUUCGAAUUCUACGACGAGCACAACUCUCAUCCGGAUCUAGACAGCCAUCGUCUGCCUGCGAGACACUCAUAUCGAUCAAGACGGAGAAGAAGUCCGAGCAUCGAACGCGAGCACAAAACAGGACUUGGGCAAGUGAUACAAGAGAAGUGCGAAAACGGAAACAUCGGGGAGGGCCGACAGGGACAGUCCACAUUGAAAUGCGGAGUAUCGACGCAUCCAGGAAGGACGAGGCAUGAAUUAUUUUCUCUGAGUGGCAAUAAAGCUACUAAUUGGGAUUUUGUUUUCAACCAAUCUUCAAGCCUUGGAUUUGUACCAGGAAAGGUUGAAGUCGAAAGCCUCACUGCCGAUUUCUUUACCGCCGAAAUAGAUGAGGAUACAACUCGCGAGGAGGCACAGCAAACGGAUGUGAAGCCAGAGCACACCAGUACUGUCUUGAAGCAUCGAAUUCAUAGCCAGGGAAAGACUUUGAGUUCAGACGCACUUUAUCUCAUGAUACUCAAUUCCCCCGAGGAAGCCCAAGAUGCGAAUUAG